GUGAAAAUUAACAGCACACUAGCUAUCGCCUCACUUUCACCUAGAAGAAACAGGCCCGUAGUGCUUCGUAAUCUCCCCAAGAUAGUCUGAUGAACCUAGUCCAAUGCUACAGGCGUGCCAGCGGUCUUUCAAGUUAGAGGCCGGCCACUCGAAGGAAAAACCCACCCCGAAACGCACACGUGCGAGAGAGCAGCACUUCUCUAGAACUGGCACCCGGUUUUCGCACGUAGCGCCGUCUGUCAUCGCUCUAUUGCAAACCCCGGGCCAGCGUCAAUCCUGUUCCCUACCAAUCCCCGUCGCUACAGCUUCGGCGGCAGCAUCCUUUCUUCCCGUCGUUUUACUGUACGUUUUCCCCAUCGGGGAAAAGCCUGGGGAAGUGAGGUGAAGGGCCCCGCAGCCCCGUGACGCGGCACCGACGUCACGCCCGGUGACGUCACUCUCUGCGUCACGGCCUCCGUCGUUCCAUUGACGUCACUGCCCUCGCCGUCCCUCUUCACCCUUCUCCUCAUCCUUCUCUCUUCUUAUCGCUCUCGCUCUUGCUUCUUCUGACCGUGUUGCGUCCCUCCCGGGCUUGUUUUUAGCUGCAGUCUCGGCGCAGAGACGAAAAACUCCGGGUCCGAACACGCCCGCGCCCCUUUCCCUCGGCGUCCCUUCUCCGCUCCCAGAGCCCGAUCUGAGCGCGAACCAUCGCUUCGUCGUCGCCGUCAACCCCGUGGCAUUUUCGGGUUUCACUCCGCCCAGUGGUUGGCUGGCUCGCCGGCUUACGUUGCGCUCCUGCACUCACUCGCUCGCCUGGUCGCCAGCCCGCUCGCUCGCUUCUCCCAGGGCGCAGACACUCUCCUCCCGUGGAAGAACGGCGGGCGCUUUCGUCCAUGUUGCGCGUGCACAAGCAGAAACAGCCGCGAUCGCCUGUUUAGUUCGACGCGGACAGCGGUGUCGUUCGACGCUACAGCGACGGUCACAAUGAAGUCGACGGAGGCAGUGGCGUCCGCGACAGGAUCGCUGCGAAGCGGGAUCGAAGCCGGUGUCGUCUGCUUAACGUCGUCUGCUGCCGCUGCCCGGUGAGAGGCAAAAAGAAAAAAAGAGGGCCCUGCCGCUCCCGCCUCGGGGCCUGCGCUGCAGUACGAAAAAGAGAGCGACAGAGCGCCGCUUCGGUGGCGGGACGCUUCUGGCGCCUAAAGGUCAAACUGCGCUCCAGUCGACGCCGUCGGCGAGGACGGCCGGCCGGACGGUGCGGGAUUUCCUGACCGUUUUUGACGCGGUUGGAUACGACGGCGCCGGACAGACGUGAUGGACAAGUCUAAGCAACAGGCCACAAUCCACAAGGUCCGCGAGCUUCAGCUGGAGGCGGUCCAGAUGGAGGAACACUAUGACGUCAUCAAGGAAAUUGGCUCCGGAGACUACGGCAAGGUGGUGCUGGCGCGGCACCGCGAGACGGGCUCGCAGGUGGCGCUCAAGGCCGUGCCACGUGCAACCACGACCCUAAGGGACUUCCUGAUCGAGUUUCACUACAGCUACUUCCUCUCGCCGCACUCCAGCAUACUGGACACGUACGACGUGUGCUUCGAGACGCCCGAGCACUACUACUUCGCCCAGGAGGUGGCGCCUUACGGAGACCUGUGGCAUGCCGUCGAGUACUACGGUGGCAUCGACGAGCGCGACCUCAAGAUUAUCCUGAGGCAGAUAAUCCCAGCCCUCGAGUUCAUGCACAGCAAGGAGCUAGUGCACAGGGACGUCCGUGCCGAGAACAUACUCAUCUUCAGCAAAGACUUCACCAAGGUCAAGCUGACCGACUUCGGCCUCACGAGAAAAGCGGGCACGUUGGUCAAAAAGCGGACGAGGUCGCUGCCCACCUGCCCGCCGGAGAUAUGGGAAGCGGUUCACCUGGAGGGCUACACCGUCGAGCUGGGCUCGGACGUCUGGCAGAUCGGCAUGCUCAUCUUCUCCUGUCUCACUGCGAGGUUUCCCUGGGAAAAGGCUGACAUCACGGACAGCCGCUUCAACGAGUUCCUGGACUGGCAGAAGCGCAAGACGACGAGGACGCCACGCGAGUUCAAGCGGUUCACGCCCAGACUGCUGCGCAUGAUGCGGCGGCUGAUGGAGCCCAAGCCCACCAAGAGGUACCCCGUCACCGAGGUGAACAAGUACUACGGCGACCGGUGGCUUAUGGUGCGGUCCCCGCGGACGUCCAAGGUCUCCGAGAUCUGGGACCCCGCGACGGCGGCGGCCGUGGCGGGCCACGACAAGAAGCUGGGCGACGAACUACUGUCGGAGUACGGCAAGGAGCAACGGAUCCAGAACUGGAUCAUGUCUGGAGCCGAGGGCCAAGCCAAGGAGAGCCAGUAGGGAGAAGCCGCACGCCCGAGUGGCGGGUUCUCGACGAUCUGGCCGGGUGGUUCCUCUGCGAACACGGAAAUGGCCGAGCGUGUGUGUAUACCUUCGCGCAGCCGUGUCCCUUCAAGGUGUGCGCGUAUUAGAGCAGAUAAAUGUGCGUAGGUGCACAUGACCGGACACACAUCUCUUGUGAAGAAUAGGGGAAAGGUGAUGUCAGUAAUCGGAUGUCGGUGGCUCGGGCUCGGCUCGGCUCGGCUCCGAUUGCUUCCGGGGACACCAGGAUAUUCAACAUGUGAGAUAUGAAACUUGGAAUAUGACCGGGAAGGCUGAUGAUAGAGAAGACGAUGCUGCGGCCGAAGCCACAUGGCAGUGGUUCUCGGUCUUGAGGUUUUAUUACUGGUGGCAGCCAUCUUGGAAUGUCACAUCGGCUACUUACUUGAUUUACUGGUAGAGAGUCAGGAACAUUCGCCGCAUGAACAGCGCCUGUGUUCCGAAGCAAGAGAGAGCGCCGAGGAAUCGCCACGUGUCCGUGAAACGCGUCCAUCAGCAAUAGUGCUGACGAGAAAUCUCGGGAAUUGGCCCGAGAGGCCGUAACCCUCUGGCAGUGGGUGAUGACAUACAGGGCACCACAGCAGAUGCCUCGGCUUUGCUGUCAGCAGGAUAACGGGAUUCCCGAGUUAAGGGAGAGACAUCAAGUUACUGGUGCACUGCAAGCAACUCUAAAACUUCGAGAUGCCCACGUGGCACCCUUCGCAGCAGCACCCUACCCCCCCUCCCCUCCCUGAUAUACAAGCGACGUCGCAAACGAAUGGUUUAGCCAAGAAGUCCGUGGCAUCAAGAAUUACGCGGCAGAAGACGUUGAAACAACGAAUUCUGGAGGCGGCGGGCCGGAUUUAUCACUUGAACAAGCGAGGGCAGAGUUUCCCUAAUCUUACGGAAAAUCUCAUGCGUUCGAGAAUUGCCAUCAUACAUCGCUUAUGCCCAUUCCAAGUGAUGAAAGAUUGAGAUAUCUUCGUUUAUUUGACCUUUGGCCUCCAGAAAACAUAAAACAAAUAGUCGGGAAGCCAGUAAAAAUGUAAAAUUUUGCCCGAAGCAGAUAAACAAGGAAACGCGAAGCUGUGUUGUGAGUUGAGCAAGACGUCGCUGUCUGCUACUGUGUCAUGAAAUAUAAGAGAGAGCACAUCCUAAAAAUGACAGCGCUGGUGUGUUAGAAGGUGCUGAAGAUACCGUCAAUAUAUCUGUGCCACUUUUCUGACUGGUACUCGGAUGUCUCGUCGAGCUCCACCCAUGCUCUGCCAUUUCGUCUUCCGAGACCACGUGUCCGUCACAAAUAAUUGUGGCCGUUGUGGUGCGUCUACGCUUUGUUUUUGUUUUUUUCCUUGCUGACGUGAGAUCGAAAACAGACAGCCGCGGCUGAAAUCUCUCGGCGUCUUUUCGACAUGUCAACUUCAACGCAGUACCGACAUCUGCAAGUGGUGGACGCGACAGACGAAUACAAAACCAGUUUAUCGUCUGCAGCCGAUAGUCUCACGUGACACCACAGGUGGCCUGCCGCCGUCUGCUGGUUGAUCAUUGAGCAGAAGACUAGGUACAGAGGCGCCGCGUUGAGGCAGUUGCUCACGUCCCCGGCAUCCGCUGUGCGAAGAAAAAAAAAAGAAUCUUGCUUAGUUAAUUGCCUUGACGUAAGGCACGCGGACGUCAUCCCCUACCAAACGAGUCGCGAGUUGUGGACUUGACAGAACUAGACAAUCUGUGCGCCGGUGCAUUAGGAAGUGCGGUGUCUGUUGGAAACUGUCAGCUGUGAACACUUGUAGUGUUGUCGUCAAUCGCGGUGACUUUUCUUUCUUUUUUUGCGAAGUUUGUCUUUGGCUUGCUGCUGAGAUGUGUUUGGCGCUGGCGAUGCCGUGUUAUUCGCGAGUGUCGGGAAGGUUUUGCGUAAGACUUCCAAACAUGCAUUCAGCCAAGAUAUAAUGCCACUGCAGAGUGUUCAAAACGAGGCUGAGGUGGAGAGCGGACCGAUUCUCUUGUUUUGUUCUUGAGAAAGCAUUGCCGUCAGUGACGAUAGUAUUCCAUAAAAAAAAAGAAAGAUUCCACGCCUGGUUCUGAUUUUCGAAGAAAGCAAGGACAGAUCUUAAAAACGGUAGACAGCAUCAAGGAGACUUGUUUUAGGGACUUUUUUGUGUGGCCUAAGCAAUGCGACAUUUUCUGUCCUUCGAAUGAAUUGUGUGUGUAUACAGUUUCUUUAUAGAUCGUAGCGAUUCAAUAUCAUGCCCUGAGCUAGGGCUAUACAGUAUCUACCCCCUUAUGAAAAGUAUUGAUGCGGUGUAAAAGUGAGAUCUCAAUGGCCCCGGUCCUUCUGACAAUGUUUCCUUGUAUCACUCGCAAAAUGGUUCAGUGCGCAUGUUCGUGUUCCCGCCGCUUGCCUUACAAUUAACCUAGUUUCAAUGGUUGCGGGUCCCUCGUUCAAUAAUAUCGAAUCCCCCCUGUCUACUCCGACGGUCGCCGUGUCGGAGAACGUCGAUGUAAGGCUUUAUUUAGCUCAAUGACCGUAAGUUUAUUCAAUGCAGGAUAAGAACCCGUUGGUGAAACACUCGUAGCAAGCGGCUAUACGAGGCAGCGAAGUCUUAAGUGAAGUCGGGCCGUUCGGACGUCUUCGAAUCGCACUCGUGGUGUCAACCAGCUCCGGAAGGCGUGAAGUAGCGCACACAUCUUUUUUUUUCGAAUGUAGCCAGUGAACCUGCAUCCUUUUUGAGAAAGAAACAAGAAAGAAAACGCACACCUGCGCGAGUAUGGAGACGUGGUGCACUUUAUCACAAAAAAGGACACUUACGCGAGUUCAAAAAAAAAAAAAGUUUCCAUGGCCUACAGUUGCGCGGCUUCGGGAACCGUAUGCGACAAGGUUCCCGAACUGUGACGCUGGGAGGAAUGUUCAAACAGGCUUCAUUCAGUACAAACUUGAUCGCACAGACUUCCCGUGUCUUGCGUGGAAAGCUAAAAUUUUUACUCCCACCAACCACUCGGAAGUGUGGACAAAAGCAUAUUUUUUACCACGUCGACGUACCUCUCAAAGUUUUUUUGUGUCCGUCGCCCGCGCGCGAUACCCUGCGACAGACUGAAAGACGCUCACCCUGACGCGUAGGUGGAAGCCUUGAACGCACUUGCUACUUAUCGUUUCGCUCAUCAGAAUACCGAGACGUCAUCUGUCUAUCACUAUAGAACAUGAGAAUGCCAUUGCCGUAGUGAAAAUGCGCUUAAAGAAAGCAAAGAGAGCCGUACUUGCUGUAGAUGCCCGUUUUUUUUUUUUUCCUUUUUUUUUUUUUUUUUUACUGCGCAGGAAAUAUCCGACAACGAGAGACAUAGGGUCCUUUUCAGUCUGGUGCCACAAUUUCUACAAGAGGUCUUUCUGUAGGAUUUCGCCAAAGGUGAAGGUUUUCAAGAUGGCAAGCCCUGUUGUCAUCUUUACGGCCUUUCCCGAUAACUCCGCUAGACGAAGGCCUCCACGUUAGACGAACGUCUUCACAGUUCGUCAGGGCGUUGACGAUCAGAGUUUCACUUGGCGAGGUCCUUCACGUGCGACGAACACCUCAGCAGAAAUAAGCGCGCUCUCGCCUCGGUUGCAGUCUUGAAGAUGACAAGCCCGCUUGACGAAAGUCUUGACCCUUGAAGAAGGUCUUGUCUUCAGUCUCGACGAUGACAACUUCGCUUGUUGGAAGCCUCGACUUUUGAGGAAAUCCUUACUUUUUUUUCGAAUAAGGGCCCUCUUGUCAUAACGUAUUGGCGUAUGACUGAGACGUCCAGUUUCCUCGCUCUCCCAUAUUUCCUGCACGAGCUUCCAUCUUUGCAAACGCGUCGUCUUUUCGUAUUGCGCCGCAGUGAGAGAAGUACACAAUCCAAACUAUGCCCUUGCAAGCAGCGUGUUACAGGAAUACGAAUAAUUCGGCAGGCUUCGAACGCUCAAUCUAAGUGACUUCACCUUUGAGAACAACAGAACCUCGCGCUGCACCACGAUACGUUCACUUCUCGCAACUAAGACAAACGAGUGAUGCGGCAAGAAACGAAUCACCGACGCGGUAUCAUCUGCCGGCAGUGCGCUUAAAGAUAGCGUACAGGAGGAAAAUGCAGGGGUUUCGUAACUUAAAAAGCAGUAUACAGCCAGAUCCGCUGGCCGCGUGGCUUGUCUUCUCACCCACUCGGGUGUACAUGCCUUAAAUUACAAACCGUUCUGAAACGCGCAGACCUCUAACUACUUUCCUUUCCCAUUUCGAGAAACUCAUCGUUCGCACUCGACAGCGGCUGCACAUUCAGAUAUAUUUUUCUCCUCCGCCGCGCCAACCGCUGACGGCGAAUAUGUUAGACGUAGCCACUUGACGUAGAGAGCGGUGUAUUGCGUGCGUGUAUACUUAUACUAUACUGUCCAAAUAGUAAGCGGGCCCAGCAGUAAGACGAAACAGUAGGAAUCACAUACGUUGGGGUUCGCGAUUGUAAGUAUUACGAAAUAGCCUAUACGCGCCAGCCGUUGUCUGGCAAAAAAAAAAAGUGUCGUAUUUGUUGUCGUGCGUGGGGAUUGUACUAGCGUCUUUCUGUAGAGCAAACCGUUAAAUGUUCACACACCAUAGUCGUCACUUACCGCGUUCGUCGUCCGCUAUGUCUGGAAAAUGGGAAUGCGACGUAAGUGUUUGCACAAGACUACUGCCCCCCCCACCGUCGUAACGGUGCAGCGCGACCUUAAUUGUCUUUUUUGUAACAGUUUCCGAAAAAAAAAAAUGCCCUUCCUGCACUAACUCAAAUAAUGCCCGUUUACAGGCGCCCAUGUUAGGAAUAUCGUUAAUUCUAUCCAGUUUUGAAUGCGACAGUAGGCUUGAAGGCGAGAGGAUUGAAUGCGACUCGACUUGGCAUUCACUUCACAAGCGCACUUCGAAACAUCGUUCCUUGUAUCCGUGGGGGCGUUGCCGCGAGUGAUGGAAUACAGUUAACCCUCGCUUCCUUGAAGUCGGUGGCAAUGGGAAAGCUUUAUCAAUGGAGCUGCUAUCUAAAUCACAUGGGAAGGGAUAAAUUCGCCUUUCUUGGCGACCACUGCAUCCAUUUUUGAUGAGCUUUGUUGUAUUUAAAAGGAUAAGUUGAAAAUAUUGUGACUGUAGCAAGCAGACUGUUUUUAUUUAGGUUGUCAAUUUCUUUUCAUAAAAAAAUCUUCGAAAACUGCAAAAUUUGAAGAAAAAAAAAGGAAACUAUCAUGUUGACAACUCUAUAACUAGGCAAUUAAAAGCGAUAUAACAGUUCUUUGUACUGCAACUAAUAGUACAUUUAAAGGGCUUAAGAUUGAUGCAUUGCAGACCCUCAUUAAAUGUACCAUUCAUGUUCGCCAUUGAAAAAACCUUUUAAAUGUUGUAGCAAUAUCAUGUAAGCUGCAAUUCAUAUAUCGAAUGUGUCGGCUUUAGGUGCUCUAACGGAUGUACUUUACAAAACCGCGACAUAUGUUUUUGGGUCCAGAGUUACGAAUUUUUAAAUCUCGGACCUCUAUUUCUUUUUCUUGUCGAUAUUUGGUGAUUUCUCUAAAAAGUUAGAGGCCCUAAAUCAAAAUUAUGCUUCCUGCAACCACUGGCAUGCAACUUCCUCUCUUAAAUGCUACAAAUUUCACUCAGCUCACUUCGUUGCUUCGAGGUUCUCAACCUAUAAGGCACUGUGAAUAUGUGUCGGAGAAUAAAAAAAAAAGUAGUUCGUUAAAUCGAAAAUUUCGUAAAAUCAGGUUUUUGUUAAUAGACGUCUGACUGCAUUCGCAUGCCUCGUGUGUCACCUAUCGUAACCAGGCGAUUCCAUCGUGCACUAGAAGGCGCCAGCGUAGAGGCAUGUUUCUCGAGCGAUUAAUCGUCUUCGCAGAAGUCGGCCGAGGAGCGUGGCCCCCGAGAUCCGUCAGCGGUCUCCGCUCUAAACUCGGAGGCCAAGGUUAACACUGCUGAUCGGUGGCGCUACUUACCACGAAGCGGCAUCGCGUCGAGAAGAAGUGUCGAAUCGAGUCGAGGAACGUUUGUGGGUACGGGAGCUGACUCGAAAAAACUAAGAAUGUCACUCUUUAUUGGAUCCGCUUGAUACAUAAGGUUUAAUCUGUACGUACCGUUUUGGAAUAUGCGCAGAACACAAACCGACGUUUCUUUUAGUACACCCGGCAGGUGGCGCCAGAAGCGUUCUCCCUCUUCUGCCAUUUACCGACUUCAAAUCGUGCCAUGCGAGGUCAACCCUUGCGUCUCGCCACCUUACUGUCCCACACAUAUCAGACACACUGCAUUCUUUUGUUCGCUUUCCACGAUGAAGCUAAGAGAAAAAAAUAAAUAUUUUUUUGUAAAGCAAUCGCAGUGUCGAGAUGACCGUCACCCAGCCCAAACACAUGAUGUCGUUGUUCUAAGCGACACGUGCCUCUCUACCGACGAAUAACGUGUCUUAAAUAAAAAAAAUAAGAAAGAAAAGGAAGGUGUUCGGUUUUUAAGAGGAAGGUGGUUCUCGGGCGAAUGAUCCUAAACAAAGAGUGUUUGUUGUCGGCAGUUUGUUUUCUCUUUUUUUUCUCGACUGGUGUCCGUAUGUACGGCGAUUGCACGAAGUGUUGAUGUUGUUGUUCACGUCUUUUGUAUUUACUCGUGAUAUAUUUAAUAAAAACUUGCCCGAUGUGA